CUCGGCGUGUCCGACGACCGAGGCGACGACGAAGUGCCCUACAUGACGCUCUCCUACACCAACGGGCCCGGCUACCGUCCUCACAUCGACGGCAAGCGCGCCGACGUCACCAGUGACCAUACCUUCCGAAAAGCAGUCUCAAAGUUGCCGCUGGUGUGUGUGUAUUUUCCACCUCGCCGACCACUCUCACGAUGCUCGCCUCGCUGCUAGUGCUGUCGCUGGCGCUGCUGGUGCCUGCGCACGCCGACCGCUACCACCCGGAGCGCGCCGCCACCGUCACCGCCGCCGUCGCCGCCACCGCCGCCAUGCCGGACGAGGCCGAGCGCAGCGCCGACUACUGGUACUCGGAGGCGUUCGCCGCCGUCGACGAGCGGUUGUCGAAUCACAUUUACGACGACGUGGCUAAGAACGUGGUGAUGUUCCUGGGCGACGGGCUCUCGGUGGCGACACUGGCGCCGGCGCGCACGCUACGCGGCCAGCUCGCCGGCCGCACCGGUGAGGAGGAGCGCCUGGCUUUCGAGCGCUUUCCUGUUACUGGACUCGCCAAGACCUACUGCCUCGACGCGCAAAUCCCUGACUCGGCGUGCACGGCGACGGCGUACCUGUGCGGCGUGAAGGUGAACCGCGGCACGCUCGGCGUGAGCGGCGCCGUGCCGCGCUGGGACUGUGGUGCCUCCACGGACUCCGCCACGCAUCUCGAGUCCAUCGCUGCGUGGGCGCUCGCCGACGGUCGCAGCGCCGGUAUCGUAACGUCGACGCGCAUCACGCACGCGUCCCCGGCCGGCGCGUACGCGCGCAGCGCCAACCGCGGCUGGGAGAACGACGCCCAGGUGCGCGCCGCCGGGCACGACCCCGCACUCUGCCCCGACAUCGCCGACCAACUGAUCAACUCGUAUCCUGGGAACCGGUUCAAAGUAAUCCUGGGUGGCGGACGACGCGAGUUUCGCCCGAACACGACCAUGGACGAGGAGAAUGAUUUGGGUCGCCGCUCGGACGGACGAGAUCUGAUCGAGGAGUGGCUCGCGCAGCGCGAACGGGCCGGGGACUCGCACGCGUACGCCUGGAACCGCACCCAGCUGCUCGACGCCUUCGCCAGCCCGCCCGACUACCUGUUGGGACUGUUUGAAGCCACACACUUACGAUAUGAAGAGGAAGUGCGAGAGGGAAACCUGGAUGAACCCACCCUAGCUGAACUCACGGAGGCCGCUAUUCGUGUCCUUUCUAAAAACCCUCGCGGGUUCUUCUUGUUCGUGGAAGGCGGGCGCAUCGACCACGCGCACCACGAGACGCGGCCGGCGCUGGCGCUGCACGAGACGCUCGCGCUCGACGACGCGGUGGCGCGCGCCGACGCGCUGCUGCCGCGCGCCAGCUCACUGCUCGUGCUCACGGCCGACCACUCGCACGUCAUGGCGUACAACGGCUACUCGCGCCGCGGCAACGACAUCCUCGGCGUGUCCGACUACCGAGGCGACGACGAAGUGCCCUACAUGACGCUCUCCUACACCAACGGGCCCGGCUACCGUCCUCACAUCGACGGCAAGCGCGCCGACGUCACCAGUGACCAUACCUUCCAAGCGUUGCGAUGGCGCACGCACGCGGACGUGCCGCUGGAGUCGGAGACGCACGGCGGGGAAGACGUGGCGGUGUUCGCGCGCGGGCCGGCGCAGGCGCUGUUCACGGGGCUGUACGAGCAGAGCCAGCUGCCGCACCUCAUGGCGCACGCGGCGUGCCUGGGCCCGGCCGCGGCGCGCCGCGCGCUCUGCAGCCACUCCGCCGCGCUCGACGCUUCUGUCAUAGCGAUAUUACUCUCCGUACUCGCCGCGAUAUACCAUUAGCUUUCAACAUUGUGAUAUUUUUAAGUAGAUAAAAGUUUAAAUUAUUUCCUAACUUGUACUUUUAAAACCACUGCUCAAGAAGAUUGUAAUGUUUAAUGGUUGAGCAGAAAAUGAGGGCAAAUCAAAUAGAUGUGUGUAUACAUACGUAGCAACUAUUUAAUGGAACGAAUCAACGAAAAAUAGCAAGGCUAGAAGCAUCAUUAUAAUCCAUGGGCUACCUUUCUCCUUAAUCUUCAGGUAGUGGCGUACAAAUCUUGAAGGUAAAUUACCAAAUUAAGAGAUCUGGAAUUGAAUUUAAAUAAGGUGGAAUUAAUCGAUACGUAUUUUUAAUAAAAUGUUUUGCAUAAUAUGCAAUUGCGUAAUAUAAAAUUAUAAUUUGUAUGUAUUUCCCAUCACGGAACAAUGGUAUUCCGGACCUUUGGGAGGCGUGCGCGGGGCCGAAGCCAACGCGUAGAGGCCCUUUCGACACUUUAAUGAAAUGUUGUAACGUAGCAGAUUUUUUUGAUAGUCGUAAUUAAAUAUUUUGGAUAAAUUUAAUUUUUGAAUGAAAUACUUUCUUCUCGUUCAUUGCAUUAUCUGUUGCACUUCAAAUGCACAUAUUUAUGUUUAAUCUGUUGUAGGGUUGCCAUACAACAAGUAUUAUUCGAAAUUGUAGGUAUUUUGGCUGUCAUUCCAGAAAAACUUUGUAUUAUUUUGAUAUAUUCAUAUUCAUAUUCAUAUAUUCAUAUUAUUUAUUCACAAUAUUUGCAAUAUUACAUGUCAUUUUUACAUUCAGUAGUAGAGUUAGAUUGUAGUGUGACAGGCCACACUCACACUACUACUCCUAACCAUGCUAUAUAA